CGCUGCAUUGUUGUCAAUUCUGUAACAAUACGACCCCGAGAAAGAGUUGUUACCGUCUGGAUAAGGACACCGAAGGCCUCACAGUGCUCCUUUCCCCCGUAUUAUCGAAUGAAUCUCGGUGAGAGAACAAACGGUGCAAGUGCGUUACACCGAGUGCUGGAACAUUGCCUGGUUAUUUAGUACGUAACGCCAUUUUGUAGAAUACGGUUGGACGCGCAUCGACAAACUGUCAAUUUCUAACAGGGUUGAACGAUUUUUCCACCCUCACUCAAGUUAUCCCGGAUUUUUUGGAAGUUACCCAGAUCUUCGAGGAGUUCCUUGGAGUGUUCACCAGUGCCAUACGCCAGAAUCUGUUUGUUGUGAUAAAAAAACAAAUCUCGAGUGUCAAAACGUGAAGCCCAGUUUCUUCGUGAUUUUGGUGCAGUUUUCUCAGUGUUCGCCUGGUGUUUUCGACAUUUUUGAGAGAAUUUUUGGAAAAAUGGUGGUUUAAUUGAUAGAAAUGCUGUAGCACGUGGGUCUGGAGGAUAUGAAGAUGCUCGAGAGGACAUUAACUACUCAAAACAGCUCGUAAAGGUUUUUGAAAUUUUCGGGUGAAGCUGCCAGCGCCCCGUUCACAUAAAGACCAUUCAAGAACAAAUAGAGAUGAGGACACCCGGAGCGGAGGCAGAGGUGAAUCGCUCCCACGAGGGCUACGGCUUCGAUUUUCAACCGAAGAUCAAGACCACUGGAUCAACUUCCUCGUCACCCAUGCCGUCGUCCUCUGGAAUUAUCGUUAAUCCACUUGUGCUGUCGAACUCACCGGCUGAAGCUGAUGAAUUUCCCGACAGUGUGCUGUGCAUUCAAGACGAACUGGGUCAGCUGAAUAACAUUGGUGUGGAUUCCAGUCUUUCGAUAGAGGGGUUGAAGGAUCCGCAGGGCAUUAAACAUGAAGCUGCAUAUGAUCUACCUGGGGAUUCCAAGAGCGAGAGCUCGGAGGACACCAGCCAGAAUGGACAGAGCUCUGGUACCAUGGAGACACAGAAGCCGAGCUGGAUGGAGGGCAUUCUGGGCUGCAUGAAACCAGUGUGGACACUCAUAUCGAAGCCGGUCGUCAGUGAAAAAAUGAAGGGAAGCCCAGAUGAUCACUGGGAGAUUCUCUUCGAGACAAUAAGUGACCUUGAAUGGCUAGGCUCGGGGGCCCAGGGCGCCGUAUUCCGAGGGCUCCUCAACAAAGAAGUAGUCGCUGUGAAAAAGGUGCGGGAGCCACGUGAGACUGACAUUCGUCACCUGCGUAAACUCAAUCACCCCAAUGUCGUCAAAUUUCGUGGUGUCUGCACCCAGGCCCCCUGCUACUGCAUAGUGAUGGAGUACUGUCCUUAUGGGCCUCUUUACGACCUCCUGCGAGGAGGUGAAAAGGUCCCCCCACAGCGCCUCGUGUCCUGGUCAAAGCAAAUAGCUGCGGGAAUGGCCUACCUGCAUGCCCACAAGAUAAUUCACCGUGACUUGAAAAGCCCGAAUGUUCUGAUCGGUCAGGGUGAGGUAGUGAAGAUAUCGGACUUUGGAACAAGUCGUGAGUGGAAUGAAAUAAGCACGCGAAUGAGCUUUGCGGGAACCGUAGCCUGGAUGGCCCCAGAGAUAAUUCGUAACGAGCCAUGUUCCGAAAAAGUUGACAUUUGGUCUUAUGGAGUAGUUUUGUGGGAGCUUCUGAGUGGUGAGGUGCCUUACAAGGACGUGGACUCGUCAGCGAUCAUCUGGGGUGUUGGCAACAACUCCCUCCACCUUCCAAUUCCAGCCAGCUGUCCCGAGGGCUACAAACUCCUGGUACAACAGUGCUGGGCGGCAAAACCCAGGAAUCGACCCUCCUUCAAGCACAUCGAGGUUCAUCUUCAGAUAGCGGCUGUCGAGGUCCUCUGCACCAAGUCCGAGGAGUAUUUCAAGACCCAGCAGACAUGGAAGGAGGAGAUCAGGGUUCACAUGAAGCAGAUGCAGACGAAUAGCUCGAAUGGCUCGAGGUACGAGGCUGAUUUGAUCAGGCAGAGGGAGAGUGAGCUGCGACAUGCCCAGGACAUCAGAGAACACUACGAGCGUAAGCUCGAGGUAACUAACAAUCUUUACUUGGAGCUGAGUGCGUUCUACCUUCAAAUGGAGCAGAGGGAGCGUGAUAUAACGAAGAGGGAACAGCAGUCAGGUGGUAAACAGUAUAGAAAACGGUUGGUGCAUCCUCUUCUGCCAUUCAAGGAGAGACUACCCAAGAGGCGGAAUAAUCUCGUUCAGUCGAGCUCAACGACACCAACAACACCCCCGUCCCCUCAGGACACACCCAACAGCCCCAUGAAGGCGACCCUCUGCACACAGUUGAAUAAUUCCAAUCAACCUGAGACUAUUGUACUUCCUAGUGCCAAUUCAAACUCUAGUUUUAAGCAGAAGAAGUACAGACACAGGCGGGUGGGCUCCGGGGGGAUAGUUUCGGCGAGCCCUAGAUCAAGUCCCCACAGGGAGAGGAAGAGUGGAGAAUUGAGUGUCAAGUACGUGGAUCAUCAGACCCAGACGGACAUCACCAGCAUCAGCGAGUCCAUUGAGAGCCUCGGCAUUUGCUGUCACUCCCAGGGCGUACAGUACUCACCCCCCAGGUCCAUUCCCAAGUCUGUUAAUGGGAAUUCUCUGGAUGUGGCUGAUAGGGGGAUGUUUGAGGGCAUGUGCUCGAGCCCUGAGGGCUGCUCCAUUGAGAACAGGUCCAAUGGAAACGAGAGGAUCAAGGAUAGCGAUGACGAGCAUCUUGAGACGCUCGAGAGAAAAGUCUCGGAGAUUAUUAAUGCUAAUAGACUUCUGUCACCGGUGGACAAUGGCAACUGCGACGACGUUACUAUACAUGGCUUACAUUAUGGGAUGGGUAGGAAUGGGGCUGUCGGAGGGACCUGUGAUGGGGCGGAAAUGGAGGCAGCUCGCGGGGAUGCUGAGGACGAGAAUGAUAAUGCAAUUGAUAGGCUUGGGGAGAAUGAUAAUGACGAUUGUGAUAUCGAUUCGGAGGACGAUGGGGGAGAGGAGGGAUGGUCUGAUGAGGAUGGAGAAUCGUCGGUCAGAUAUGGGUUUAAUUAUUCGCUUAGAAGACGAAGUGCAACAAGACGACCCAUAGGACCGGGCUGUAGAUUAAGAAGAAUAAAACAAAAUCCAUUGAGCAGUAUCGAUCGUGGUCUGGUAUCGGAUGAGGAAAAUACAUCUGAAUAUUCUCACCCGCCUUCCAGCCACUCUUCGACGCUUGAAAGUAAUCCAGACGUCCAACGGGCCUAUCGUCGAGCCACUCGCAAUGCCAAUAGAACGUCUGAGGUCCCUUACAUGUACGUUAAACGAUCUGGUGAUCGAGAAAUAGCUGUAAGCCCUUAAGAGGCCACAAAGAGCCAUUGUUUCCUAAAAAUUUUCAUCAAAUUUCCAGCCCAAAGGUUUUAAAGUUUUGCCAUAAUGUCGAGGGCUUUCCUCGGGGAAUUCGUUGAAAAUUUGGGAAAUCAAGGACAUUAUGCGGUCCCUUAAGGACCAAUUAUUUCGUAAUGAAUGUUGUUACUUGAGAAAUUCCGGUAGCUGGUCAUUAUUUUGAAAAAUCCAGCUCCUUACGAUAGGCUGAAAGAGUUAUGAGAUUAAAGGAAGAGACUUUGUCAUUCUGUACUCUAAAAUGAAAGUAUUAAGUUGUACAUAGGUAGUGGGUUAAUUUCAAUUUUGUACAUAAUAUUUUGUUCUCUCUGGUACAAUUGUCGCAUUGUGUCGAGGUUUAGGUGUAGUUCGGUGAUAGACGGGAGAUGGUUUUGUAUUGGCACUGAGGAUUAUCAACAAUUUGUUCAUAUCCUCGGACCAAAUGUCUCCGAUAUGAAUAAGUACAAUUACGUGUGAAUGACUGAAUGUCUUUAUUUGUUUUUUUUUUCUUAGUGAAUGCAUGAUUGUGAGAUUGCAAGACGUUGACUCAAAGAUUUUUUUCUCGAGUGUUUGCUCAUCAAUUCUUUUUGUACAAAAACAAGAAAAAGAAAUUAAAAGUAAACUAUUCAGUUGUGACUACGACGAGAGUGUACAUAAAUUAUGAAAAAAAAAUUUUCCUUGGAUCUCAUAAAUUAAUUACCUGGCAGAGGAUUCGGGGAAAAUUUUUAUACCGAUCCUUCUGGCCAGGGGGAAAGUAACAAUGGAGGAAUGAUUAUGGGAGGAUCGUGCAAUUAUGUUUACUCAUUUUAAAAGAAAUAGUAUUUAUAUAUACACACGUGCCGCCCAAAAUUUACGAUGUAGGAUUAAAUUAUUAGAGACGAAAUAACGGACGAAUCAGUAUCAACGCAAUUAUUGUAAAAUUUUGUAGAAUUGUGUCGAACAAUUGGGAAAAUUUCUAACUUUAGAAAGAAUUCAGAAUGUAGAGAUUUUUUUGAUUUUCCGGAUAACAUUAGCAGCUGUGAGACUUAAUCUCUCAAAUCCAGUGUACUUAGAUUAUUGAAUUAUAAUAUUGACUAUUUCACUCUGAUGCACUGGAGUGCCUUAAAUUUCAAAGUAACAGAUUUCUAAAUAAAAUGUUUAACGAAUUAUUGUACCUGCGGCAGAGUCAAGAAAUUAUUGCCUUAGAAAUUUAUAUCUUUCUUAUGAUGUACAAUUUUGACAAUACGAUGAAUUCCCACGAUAUUAUAACUGCUGUAGGACAGCAGAGAACGAACAAGAUUGAAUAAUUGGCAGCUAAAUUUCCACUGGUUCGUCUUGGAAAUUUUUUGUUUUUCACUGUUUCAUGUAGCAGUACGAAUAAUUUAAGAGUAAUGUAUUUGAAUAAUUUCGCUCUAAUAGUAAAGUUUCUUUACUCCUGA